AACUCCGCCUGAGCUGACUUCUGGUCACCACCCUCCUCCAUUUCCUUUUCUGGACUUCCUGGAUCUGCCACCUGUGGAGACAGCAGGGCCUCCCUCUGUUUGUAUAGUUCAAACUCACCCUGCCUGUGGAGUCCCUGGCUGUUAUCACUGACUGCUGUUGCUGUGCUCAGAUCUGAUCUGUCCUUACACUUGUUUACUUCUGGAGAGGAGGCUACAUUGUAAGCAGGAAGUCUGUUAAGUAUUUGUACAAUCUGCUACAAAAAUGAUUUCCCAAAAGGAUGUCAUGCGAAAAAAUCUGAAGAUGGUCCAUGGCUACCCCAUGGUCUAUGCUUUUGCCCACAACUGGGAAAGGAUUGAAAGGUUCCGCAGCAGGCCAGAUGACAUCGUGAUAGCAACUUACCCUAAGUCAGGUACCACUUGGAUUAGUGAAAUCUUGGACAUGGUUCUAAAUGGUGGAGAUGUUGAAAAAUGUAAAAGAGAUGUUAUUUCUGCUAAAGUUCCCAUGCUGGAAAUGGCUGUUCCUGGAAUAAGUAUGUCAGGUUUAGAACAAUUAGAGAAGAAUCCAUCACCUCGGAUUGUGAAGACACAUCUACCAACUGACCUUUUUCCUAAGACUUUCUGGGAGAACAACUGCAAGAUAAUUUAUCUUGCUCGAAAUGCCAAGGAUGUUGCAGUAUCAUUUUACCAUUUUGACUUAAUGAAUAACUUACAUCCUCUUCCUGGAACAUGGGAAGAAUAUUUGGAGAAAUUCAUGACUGGAAAUGUGACCUAUGGUUCAUGGUUUAAUCAUGUUAAGAACUGGUGGAAGAAAAAGGAAGAAUAUCCAAUACUUUUCUUAUACUAUGAAGACAUGAAAGAGAAUCCAAAGGAGGAAAUCAAGAAGAUUGCUAGAUAUCUAGAGAAGGACUUAAAUGAUGAGAUCUUGGAUCGGAUCAUCCAUCACACCUCAUUUGAAGCGAUGAAGGACAACCCUCUGCUGAAUUACACACACCUGCCCAGUGCAGUGCUGGAUCACAGCAAAUCCCCUUUCAUGCGCAAAGGGAUUAUUGGUGACUGGAAAAAUUACUUCACAGUGGCCCAAAAUGAGAAAUUUGAUGCCCUUUAUAAAAAAGAAAUGUCUGGAACUACACUUCAAUUUUGCACAGAGAUCUGUAACUUGAAGAAAGAAGAGAUGACCCACAGUUUUUGAAGCAUGGCAGUUAUGACUAGGCUGAGCAAUGAAAUGAUUAUAGAAGGGAAAAUUAUGAUUUUAGAACUUUGAAUUUUUCAGCAUCAUUAAUCAGGCCCCAGUUUUGUUCCUCUGCCUCGAGAUUCCUAAUUCCCUAAAGCCAAGGCCCAUCAUUCCCUUUUUGUAGGCUACUCAUGCCUUUUCCUAGAUGAGACCUUAGGAGACAAUAUUUACCCUCCUCAGUCUCCCAUAUCUUAUGAAUUAGUUAGGUUCUCUUCCCUAUUAUCAUGGUCUAAGAAAUGCUGUUUGCAAACUGACACUGUAUUCCCUGAGCUCCACUGGUUUACUUUGCUGAAUUAUUGUCCCAGGACACUGUGUUCCACUGCUGUUUACUGGGGGUCAAGCUGUUCCUGAAGUCAUAGCUCAUCUUCCUCUAUUUGGAUAACACAGUUCAUGUUCCAGAUUUUGUGGAAAUGUUUUUUCUAUACCUUGUUACAUAUCCAGGUCUCCUACAUUAUUCUCUCUAGAGGUCUUCCCUGGGGACUGGAGCUUGGCACUUUUAAAUCAUGAAGCUAUUGCACAUAAAUGGCUGUUUUCUCUUUUCUUGUAUUCUGGGACUCUGUUCUCUCAAUAGGUUAUUUGUAAAUACUAGAGAAAGGGGGAUACAGAGAAAGGGAUGGGAUUACAACAGGCUGGUGUGCCAGGUCCCAGAGCUCUAGAAUACUUUAAAAGAUCCACUCAUAUUUUGCUUUGCGGACAAUGCAGAUGUUAAUCCAAACUACAGGGACUCAGGUUCAUAAGACAGAAUGCUGACACAAGCAGCCCAGGAAUGACAGGGACUCCCACUUCCUGUGGACCUUCUCUCCAGAUUUACCACUGAUGAAAAGGAAGGAAAAUAAAAAAAUUCCAUAUGUACAAUGUACAAGUUUUCUUUUUCAUGAGAAACUUUUCACAAGAUACCAUCUCUCCCAGAAUAUCAUGGACUCUCAAAAUCUUCAAAUAUCUGGACUGAGUAUAUUCUGAUAUGGAAUAAUGAUAUAAUGUAAAUGUUCUAUAAACCA